UGUAUGGUCUUGGCCAGGAUGAUAUUUUACUUCAGGAGCAGAAGACCAAGUUGCUGACCACUGACAGGAGUCGCAUCUUCUCAUGCUGCUUUUCGGGCAGCUGAUAGCAGCAUUAGAAAUGAUCAUGAUGAAGUUAUGGCCUCAACUCAUCUCAGGCUGCAGCUUGUCCUCCCACCAACAAUGACUGCAGCGCCAUCUUGUGUAAGAAAGUAAUCUUACAUUUUGAGACAGGGUAGCGAGAAAGCAGGGCUAUGAGGCAGGAGGAAAUAGAGAGGAAGACAAAGAUUGCUGCCGUAUCAGUAGAUGGCAGUAGCAUCACACCAUGGCAAAGGGCUUGGGAUGGAAAUCCCCAUCCUCAGUCAUGGAAGGAGCCCAUUCGCAUGCAAGGAUGCUGUGGAUUUUCAGAGACAUGGCAAGAAGUUUUGCAGGGCAGACUGCAAACAGAUAUGGGCACCUCCUGCUCCCCAUCUGGCCACUGAAGCUCCUCCAGCUGGGAGAGAGAUGAGACACAGCACAGGAAGAGAGGAUUAGCGACAGAGCGAUAAGCCAGAGCUCAUUACCAUAUGGAGCUGCCAGUGAGGACUGCAGUGGAGGGCAGGCAUACUUAUUUCAGAUAAGUGGCCCUGCAGUCUUAUACUGGAGUAUAAGCAUUCACAAAAGACUUACAAGUCAGCAGCGGGAAAUCGGUUUGAACUGAUAUGAGAAAAAAUGUUCAACUUCACGUCACCUGACACUUACUGAGAAGAAGCAUCUUUUUAAGAAAAGAGUAUUCAGGGAGCGCCAGACGGAUUAAAACUUUGAAGGAUCUGACUUUCAGAAGCAUGACCUCUGGACUGUAUACAGGCCCUCUCCUGGUUCUGGUCUGUCUCCUCCGUAGCUCUGAGGAGACCUGUCCCUCCAUGUGCCUCUGUGUAUCUGACACAGUGAGUUGUAGCUCCAGUGGUCUGGCCAAGCUACCUCAUUCCCUGCCCUCCUUCUCUGUCACCCUCGACCUCAGCCACAACCAUUUGUCGUGGCUGGGUCCGGGUGGCUUCAAGAGGAUGCCCAGACUGGAAAACCUCCGUAUGGCCCACAAUCAGGUCAGCUCCCUGGGCCAUGGUGCGUUUCACAAUGCCUCCGGCCUCAGGCUCCUCGACCUGUCCUCUAACAAGCUGCAUGUGGUGGAGCAACACUACUUCCAGGGGCUGUGGAGGCUGGAGGAGCUGCUUCUCUUCAAUAAUAAGAUCACACAGGUGGAGGCCGGCACGCUGAGCGGUCUGAGCAGCUUAAAAAAGGCCUACUUUAGCCUCAACCAGAUCACACACUUCCCAUUCUUCUCCAUCCAAGACCACAGUCAUCCUUUCCUGAACAUGCUGGACCUCUCGUCGAAUCGUAUGACUCGUAUACCAUGGGAGGACGUGAAAGCUUUGCCGGGGUUGGUACAGCGGGGGUUGUACCUCCACAACAACUCUCUGAUCUGUGACUGUUCCAUGUACAGUGUGUUCUGGCACUGGGAUCUGAGGGGUUAUGACUCUCUGAAGGACUUUACGGAUGAGCACACUUGCACCAUCUAUGGGGAUCCACAAGCAUCCAUCCGGUUCCUGCGACACACCCGUUUUUUCCACAACUGCACGGUGGAAAAAGCAGUCUCACAGCCAGUGACCGUGCUCCUCUCCAGCGUGGUGGUUUCAGAGGGGGAAAGAGUGCGUCUAGACUGCCAAACAUCCCUGAGUAGCACAGAACUUUCAUUUACAUGGCUCUCCACCAGCAAGGGGUACAUAACCCAGGCCAGCAUAAAUGACAUGCUAAUGACCCUGUUUGCUAAUGGUACCUUGGAGAUCCAAGCAGCCAAGGUCAAUGACUCAGGUCUGUACGUGUGCACAGCGGUGGAUAUUAAACAGGCACGAAAUGCAACCCGUGAGGUGAAUGUGACCGUGCUGCUGCCUGCAGCCGAGUCAUUCAACACCGGCUACACCACGUUGCUGGGCUGUUUGGUGACCAUGGUCUUCAUCCUCAUGUACCUCUACCUGACUCCAUGUCGCAGCAGCUGCUGUAAACAGCCCAAACCUCCACAUAUCCCCAUUGCGACCUACGACCCCAGCGACCUAACUUCCGUUUUCUCCCCUUCUACAAGACACCAGCCCAAAAUCCAAACUAACAAGCAUGUAGCAUUCAUGGAGCCAAUGAUACACGAGGACGGAGCAGAACUGACACCUGCAAGUUGA